AAAAGACAAGAAAAAAAAAAAGUAUCAAAGGUGGUCGGAGAGAGAGACAGCUACCCUUUCUUCUUCUUCUUCGUGUCCGUUUAAGAAUCGAUUGAGAUGGCGAGCGAGAACCCUGAACUCGUUGUAGCUCCCGUGGUGGAUAACAACGGCGCUGCCGAAUCUUCAUCCAAAGGAAAAGAUGAACAAUCAUUGGAUUCUGAGCUUUUGAAGAAGCUUGAGAUUACAGAAGAUGCAAAAGAGGAGAAUGAUGAAGAAGAUGAAGGAAACAAAGCUGAGACUUCAACAACUAAGAAGAAGAAAAAGAAGAAUAAAAGCAAGAAGAAGACUCAGCAGACUGAUCCACCUACAAUCCCUGUGGCUAAGCUUUUCCCAUCUGGAGAUUUUCCUGAAGGUGAAAUCCAACAGUACAAGGAUGACAAUUUGUGGAGGGCAACAUCUGAAGAGAAGAGAGAGUUGGAGCGUUUGCAUAAACCAAUAUACAACUCUGUACGCCAGGCUGCAGAAGUUCAUCGCCAGGUUAGGAAAUAUGUGAGAAGCAUAGUGAAGCCUGGAAUGUUGAUGACUGAUAUAUGUGAGACACUGGAGGAUACUGUUCGUAAGCUGAUAUCAGAGAAUGGUCUGAAAGCUGGUAUUGCUUUCCCUACAGGAUGCUCUUUGAAUUGGGUGGCUGCUCAUUGGACACCAAACUCUGGAGACAAGACUGUACUUCAGUAUGAUGAUGUUAUGAAACUGGACUUUGGUACACAUAUUGAUGGACAUAUUGUUGACUGUGCUUUUACAGUUGCGUUUAAUCCUAUGUAUGAUCCUCUCUUAGCUGCCUCUCGUGAAGCUACUUAUACCGGUAUCAAGGAAGCUGGAAUUGAUGUUCGUCUAUGCGACAUCGGUGCUGCCAUUCAAGAGGUGAUGGAGAGUUAUGAAGUUGAAAUCAAUGGAAAGGUCUUCCCAGUUAAAAGUAUCAGGAAUUUGAAUGGGCAUAGCAUCGGUCCAUAUCAGAUACAUGCUGGGAAGUCUGUUCCAAUUGUUAAAGGAGGCGAGCAGACUAAGAUGGAAGAGGGAGAGUUUUAUGCCAUUGAAACAUUCGGAUCAACCGGGAAAGGACUUGUGAGAGAAGACUUAGAAUGUAGCCACUACAUGAAGAACUUUGACGUUGGCCAUGUGCCCUUGAGGUUGCCGAGAGCAAAACAACUCCUCGCCACUAUCAACAACAACUUCUCGACUCUAGCCUUCUGCAGACGGUACUUGGACCGUAUUGAUGAAACCAAAUACUUAAUGGCGUUAAAGAAUCUAUGUGACGCUGGCAUUGUUCAGCCGUAUCCUCCUCUAUGUGAUGUGAAGGGAAGCUAUGUAUCACAGUUUGAGCACACCAUUUUACUCCGACCCACUUGCAAAGAAGUCAUCUCCAAGGGAGAUGACUACUGAUUCAUCAGAUCCUCUGUUUGGAGAUGACUACUGAUUCAUCAGAUCCUCUGUUUUUGUGCUCUGUUCUUUUCAUAUCAUAUUACUGUUAUUGAGAGUAACUGAUUCAAAUCCUCUGUUUUUUACUCUGUUCUUUUUCAUAGUUUGAGACUGUACACUGCUUGUUAUUUUCUUUCUCGUCGUUAACACCAUCUUUGAAUCACUUUUAUAAAACUUCAAUAUCUG